GCCUGACUGCUCUUUCACUCCAUCCCCAAAGAUGUCUUGCAACUCUUCCCUCAUCAGUGUAACGCCUGGAGAGGACCCUGAGGGUGGCAGCUUCUUAGAGGAAAGCAGCGGUGAGGAUGACAUCAGCAGUGUUCUAGGAGGGGACAGCCCAGUGACAGGGCCGCUGGGCACAGUGCUGCUGCUCAUGUGCCUCACUGGGAUGGUGGGGAACAUCUACACGGUGCUGGUGGCCUCUGGCAAAGUGGCAGGCCGCUCAGCAGGCUCCUUGGGGGUCUAUGUGAUCAACCUCGCCCUGGCUGACCUCCUGUACCUUUCCACCAUCCCCUUCGUGGUCUGCACCUACUUCACCCAUGACUGGUUCUUUGGAGAUGUGGGCUGCAAGCUUUUGUUCAGCUUGGACCUCCUCACCAUGCAUGCCAGCAUUUUCCUCCUGACCGCCAUGAGCCUGGAGAGGUACUGGGCAGUAACCAGGCCGCUGCGGGCCAGGCGGGCUGGCAGUGCUUACCGCAAGCCAGCCAGUGCCAUCCUCUGGCUCCUUGCCUUCCUGCUUACGGCCCCCAUGAUGGCAGUGACCCAAUUGCGGGAGGGCGAUGGCCCCAACAAGCGCAUCUGCAUCCCCACGUGGACGCCAGCAGCGUUCCGGCUCUACUUGACGGUGCUCUUUGCCACCAGUGUCCUGGUGCCCGGUGUGGUGCUGAUCAUUGUCUACACCCUCCUGGCCCGGGUGUACCGCUCUUCCACCUGGCACUCGAGACUGUCAGUGGCCGGCCGGGCUCCCUCCCAGCGUCUCUCCUCCAGGAUCUCUGCCAUUGUGGUGGCUUACUGGGCCUGCUUCCUCCCCUUCUGGGGCUGGCAACUGGCCGGGCUGUACCAGGGCAUAGGCAUGGGCCCCACUGCCCAGGCCUACCUCAACUUUGGUGUCACUUGUCUAGCCUACGGCAACAGCUGUAUCAACCCCUUCCUCUAUACCCUGCUAGCCAGUAGCUACCGCCGGCAUCCCAAACACGCUAGGAGGCCGUAGCACCUUCCUGGCUUUUGUGUAAAUGUUGGGGCUCAUGGGGAAUAGCAGGGGGAGCCCUGGCUGACAAGCAGUGCCCUGAGUGAGGAAUAUCUCCCAGGCUUUUGCGAGGGUUGAGUAAUGAAAUAAAAGUGUUGUCUUACGUGCUGUCUUAUGGUGUGUUC